AAAUUUGUAGUUUGAGCAAACCACACACUGACCAUCCAUUUGACUUACUCUAAUUAUGUGCGCAGAUUCAGAUAUCUUCCGCCAACCGCCAGCGUCUCUUCUCCGGCGAACUUGACGGAGGGACGGAAGCAGCAACAUUUUUUUUAUACAAAUUCACUUACAAUAUGAGUGGUUCUUCAUUUUUGUCUCAGUUUGCUUCUUCUGCUCUCAGAACUAAACCCUUAGGAAAAUCAUCCGACGUCCUCCGUUCGAACUCCGGUCAAGGUCUCGUCCGCCGUCUCGGACCGUUUGACUUGGUUCUUCUAGGCAUCGGUGCGUCUAUUGGUGCCGGCAUCUUCGUCGUCACCGGCACCGUCGCUCGUGAUGCCGGUCCAGGAGUUACGAUUAGCUUCCUACUCGCAGGAGCUUCAUGUGUUCUGAAUGCUCUAUGUUAUGCUGAGCUGGCCUCUCGCAUUCCUGCAGUCGUUGGGGGAGCAUACUUGUACUCGUACACAGCUUUUAAUGAGCUCACUGCUUUUCUUGUGUUUACACAUAUGAUGCUGGAUUAUCAUAUUGGUGCCGCUAGUAUAGCGCGGAGCUUAGCCAGCUACGUUAUUAAUAUAUUUGAGCUCAUACCAUCCGUCAAGGAUAAUAUUCCAAAUUGGGUUGGACAUGGAAGCGAUGAUAUCUUUGGGUUUAUUUCUAUAAAUCUAUUGGCACCAAUCCUUCUAGUAAUUUUGACUAUAAUAUUAUGCCGCGGUGUUGGAGAAUCUACACUCGUAAAUACUAUCAUGACCAUUACCAAGGUAAUUAUUGUUCUUGUGGUCAUCAUCGUUGGUGCUUUUGAGGUUGAUGCUUCAAACUGGUCACCUUUUGCUCCAAACGGUUUUAAAUCCAUGUUAACUGGAGCCACUGUAGCUUAUUUUGCAUAUGUUGGAUUUGAUGCGGUUGCUAAUUCAGCCGAAGAAUCUAAAAGUCCGCAGCGGGACCUACCAAUAGGAAUCAUCGGGAGCCUUCUUGUAUGUGUUGUAUUAUACAUAGGUGUUUGCUUAGUUAUUACGGGUAUGGUACCUUAUAAUUUACUCGGCGAAGAUGCUCCCUUAGCUGAGGCUUUUAAAUCCAAAGGGUUAAACUUCGUAUCGGUCUUAAUCAGCAUUGGUGCAAUUGCCGGGCUCACAACAACUCUACUCGUUGGCCUAUAUGUUCAGUCUCGCCUGUAUCUUGGGCUUGGAAGAGACGGGUUAUUACCUGCAGUAUUCGCUAAAGUUCAUCCAACGCGUCACACUCCAGUUUACUCUCAAAUCUGGGUUGGAAUUGUCGCAUUUAUUUUGGCUGGACUGUUAAACGUGUCUGUGCUGUCACAUAUUCUCUCAGUCGGAUCACUGGCAGGUUAUUCAGUUGUGGCAGCAUGUGUGAUGAAACUUCGUUGGGAUGAUAGUCAGGUUUCAAAGCGGAUGGAGGGUAUCACGUGCAUUACUGUGAUUGCUUGUUGCGGUUUUGUUGCUGGAAUUCUAUACCGUUACAGUGUUUCAUCUCUUGUGUAUAUAUUUCUUGUUUUACCCGUAGCUAUUGCAAUCUUUGCAGCAGCAGCUCUUCAAUUUAGACAGGUAUAUAGAGAUCUACCUGGCUUCUCGUGCCCAUGGGUUCCAAUAGUGCCUGCGGUUUGCAUCUUCUUUAACAUAUUCCUUUUCGCUCAGCUUCACUAUGAAGCAUGGGUGAGAUUUGUUGUCCUUAGCAUUGUCGCGGUCUUUGUAUACGCAUUUUAUGGGCAAUAUAAUGCAAAUGCUGCAAAUGACGAUGCCAUAUAUUACCAUAGAGUACCGGAAGUUGUAGCUGAAUGAAUCUUCUAUGCAUAUUGUAUGUGAGCAUUUGAUUCGUUGAGGUGUAUUGUUGUAAUCUUAUUUCUUCCCAUGAGCAAAAACAUAUGUGCUCAUAAUGUAAAAUCUGUAGCAUAUCAUCUUGUCAAGUUGAUUGGUAAAAUUUCUGUUAGGAGUGGUGCCUUUGAAAACCUGAAAUCUUUUUACAGCCUAUAGUGAUCAUUUUAUAGUAUGUAUGUGCAUCA